AACAAGUGAUUAACAGUGUCUAGCUGAGUAUUGGAUUAAUACUGUAUGUGAGUUCUACGCUUUAUAUGUUGCUUAAAUUUGUACGAAGCAAUAAUAUCAUACGACAAUAUUUUGCACCAACGCUAGAACGAGGCUCAUAUACAAUGGCUUGCGGAACCGUCCGAUGUUCCUUGCUGACCACACAGGCUUCGCUGAUGACCGCUCUGGUACUCUGCGCAUCUGGGACGUUCAUUAACAAGUGGUGGAUCGACAGUGCCGGGAAGGAGCUGGGACUGUUUGCGAGGGUCCGGUGUGACGGCGGUCACUGCGUGCUGGCAACAGACGGUCAGACUGAAGUCUGGGUAACAACGACCCAGGCUAUGGCACUAGUGGAGCUGGUGAUGUUAGCCGUGGCCAUGAUUACAACGUUCUGCCUGUUUCGUUCUGACAGCAAGUUCACCUCCACGAUUGGCAUCGCAUUUAUCUCCGUUGCAUGCAUCACCUCUCUGAUACAGAUAUUCGUCCUCUCCGCAGUCUACCAUAAAAUCAGUGCUGCGGUUGUCAGGGCAACAUAUGUUCCUAACAACAUGGUCCUGUAUCAGACAUUGCCAGCCGGACUAUGCGCACUGUCUGGUAUUGCCUGUAUCCCGGCUGCUAUAGCGCUAAUAUACUGGCAGUCAAAUAAGACGGGAACACGCAAGGCUAUUGUUAUUUAAGUGUUGUAUGUAUGUUUUGAACACAGUUUGUUUGUGCUCUCCUUCAACAGAUCUGGAGAAAUAAAUGAGAUUAACAAAGUUUAGAAUAAUAAAUAACAUCUGUA